AUGUUCUCCUGUGCCAACUAUCCUCGUGGCUGCCGUGGCCGUGUGAACAUUAAUGGCGGCAAAUGCCCCGACUGUGUGCAAUUGAAGCUCCGUCACCCUCGGUCAACUUCUCCCUUCGCCCAACCCAGAGAUUACCGUCGAGCCCUGCCGUCGGAGAUCCUGAGCGACUCACCAUACAAGGAGAUGAUCGACCGCUGCGCAUGA